AUGGAGGUCACCGAGCACAAGCGGCGGCUGGCUCUGGAACGCCUGGACAAGCAGGAGCAAGACGCCCUCGCGAAAAAGGAGCGAUCGAUUGCGUACGUCGCGGCAAAGACGAAGCAGUAUCAGGACGCGAAGGCGGCGCUGGAGAAAGCGUUCAGGGCGGAUAUGGAGUUGAAGAACGUGGUCCAGAGGAACACCGACAGGAUCUCUGACAGGCGGAGCAAGUUGCAAGCCCCUGGAGAUGUUGGCGUCGUCGACGAGCUGCUACAGCCAUUGGACCUCGAGCACGUCGGAGCACCAGGAUCACCAGAACCGCCAGACGAUCUACCAGAUCCAGUCAAUCGAGCUGCGAUCAAGAAAGGAACGGCGAAGAAGAUCACGGCGUCCUCGUCGAAGAAGGGAGCGACCCUCGAAGACAACCCUGAGUUCAAGAGCCACAGAAAGCACGUCCCCGAGAUGGACGCGGGCGGCGGUACGACUAGUGUGAGGACCAGAAGAAGCCUGAGACCUGACAACGGCGGCAUGGAUACCAGCCCUUAUGCAGAAGAGCAGAGCACUGGACGAGACAGCGCGAAUAUGGACGAACAAGAGGCGGACAUGGAUACGGAGCAGACGCAAGGCCGCGCACAGAGAGAAGGCUCAGCAGAGUCUGUCUUGAGCCACAUCACCGUUGCCGACAAGCGGUCGAAGAAUGCCACACCGAAUGGACAAAGCGAGAUGGACUUUGGUCUUCCGUUGCUGCCAUUCGACGAACCCUUCGGUCAGCAGUUCGAGCAGACCAACUCGCAACUGGGCACGUUCGAGGACGCGAUGGACUGGGCAAACCAGCCAUUCGUAGACGCUCCAGGAGGCGAGCUUGGGAGGUCCGAAGAAGGCGAUCAAGGAUAUCCAACGAGAGGAGACAGCCCGUCAGCAUCCUCGGCCACUUCAAGCAGUAGCGGGCUCUUCGUGAGCGAGCGACCACGACGUAGACGUAGGUAUUCGACACCUCGUGGCUAUCGCGACCAAUCUCCGGAAGUCGCAGAUGAUCGCGUCAGCCCAGAACCAUGCCCAUCGUCGGAACUGUACGCUCGCGAUGGAGAGAGCACUCCGCUGCCAUUUCCGAACACGGCACCGGACCAGAGCACUCCACAGCCGAUGAUGCCUCCGAACGUCCCGGGUCCAGGAUACCGGGAGGACAGCCUGUUCGGCGAGAGAAUGAGCGAGCCUCCAAAUUCGGCCUCUAUGGAUAUCGACCAGAGCUCCGCACAGUUACCAACGCCCGAUCCAAGCAGAAGCCAACGUUACAGCCGCGAGCCCAGCGAGCAGCAGCCGGUGAGUCCGGUCGGAUCUGGCAUCUCUACCGGAGAUAGCUUGUUCGUGUCUGCCGGCACCCCAGAGCAGAGAGUUCCAGCGUACGGACCAGCAUACGGACAGAUUGGAGGGGCAAACGGUCAAGCAUCAAUGGGUGGUAACACGCAGAACGCUCCUGGCCAGGCCGAAGGAAAGCCAGCAAAGAAGAAGGGAGGAAGAGCCAAGUCAAUCCUCGACUCUUUGUUGUCUAAGCGGCGCUAA